AGAGCGGCAUUCAAAACACAGGUGAGAGGCCGGCACGCAGGACAGAGGGGGACAGGUAGAGGGGACAGUCCACGGAAACAAAUUGCAGGGUUAGUUUCAGACCAGAAAUCUUGUUAAUAACAAGUGGUCUGCCUGUCAGUACAGCGCAGUACCGGCCACUCUGAGACUGGACAGCAUUGGUCAAGGAGAAGAGGGAGACAAUAAACAUCCCAGCUUAGUGACCGGAGAGCAGCGCGCCUCCCCACGCCGCGUUGUCAGCUUUUUGAUCCGAUCAGACCCAGGCUGGGUGGUACCGAGGAAAUGGAUUGGGUGCAGUCGAGUCUGCGGGUGGGCAGGAAGAAGUACUCGGCCCUGCUGAGCUGGUCCUACUUCAGAUGGACCCCGCUGGACCCCAGGAAUCGCGAGGAUCCGGAAAAGGUGAAGGUUGUGCCAGUGAUGGAGCUGAUUGCAGUGGAAGAGGGGAAGACGCAGAUUCUGCCCAACCGCAACAAAGAGGACUCUGUGAGAGACUUCACCGUGUUUUACGUGCAGCGGAGCAGCAGGAGUCCUCGCUGGUCUGUGGGGCGGACUGUCUUCACGGCUCCCAGCCAGGACCUGCGGGACCAGUGGGUGAACGGGCUGAGGAGCAGAGUUCAGCAGCACAGUGACAAUCGUCCUCGCCGGCUGCUGGUGUUUAUUAACCCCUUCGGGGGGCGGAGGUGUGGUCGGAAGAUCUACCAGUCGCAGAUCGUGCCCCUGUUUGAGCUGGCAGGCAUCAGCACACAUGUGGUUGAAACGGAGAGAGCAAACCAGGCCAGGGACCACAUCCUGAAGAAGGACCUGGGUGGGUUUGACGGGCUGGUCUGUGUGGGCGGGGAUGGAAUGUUCAGUGAGCUGAUGCAUGGCCUGAUUGGACGGACACAGCUGGAGGCGGGGAUAUCAGAGCAUGACCCCACAGUGACCCUGCAGCCCUGCAGUCUGAGGAUAGGCAUCAUCCCUGCAGGGUCCACAGACUGCGUGUGCUUUGCCACAGUGGGAGUGAAUGACCCCAUCACCUCUGCCCUUCACAUCAUCAUAGGUGACGACCAGCCCCUGGAUGUGUGCUCAGUGCAUCAUCGGAACCAGCUGGUCCGCUACUCUGUCUCGCUGGUGGGAUAUGGUUUCUAUGGUGAUGUGCUGGAGGAUAGUGACAGGCACCGCUGGAUGGGACCAGUCAGAUAUGACUACUCGGGUCUGAUGAUGUUCCUGAGUAAUCGUUCCUAUCGGGGAACUGUAGAGUACCUGUUAGCAGACAAUCAGACUUCCAGCCCCCGAGACAAAACGCGCUGUCGCUCAGGGUGUCUGGUGUGCUCCGAGAGUACAGAGCGGCUUUGCAGCCAGACAGAUUCUUCUCUGGACACUCUCUCCCAGGACAGCUUCCAGUCUCCAGCGAGUUCCAGUGAUGGAGAGGGGCAGUGGCACACUGUGGAGGGCCGUUUCCGAGCAAUCAACCUGACCUGCAUGUCCAGCGCCUGUCCCAAGAGCCCUGACGGCCUGUCUCCUUCUGCCCACCUGGCCGAUGGCACCGCUGACCUCAUCCUGGUCAGGCAGUGUUCUCGCUGGUCCUUCCUGACACACCUGAGUCGGCACACCAACAACAAGGACCAGUUUGAUCUCCCCUUUGUCGAUGUCUACCGAGUCAAGGCACUGAGGUUUUCUCCUCCCAAUGAAGAGGAGGAUGAUGAAGAUGAUGAAGAACAGAGUCCCACAGCUGACGUGUGUAAGUACCAGCCAGUGGCAGAGAGAGACAGCGGCUCGGCGAAGAAGAGGCUGGAGAGAAGGAAGAAGCAGGUCCUGUGUGGGGUUUGUGGAGACGUUCGCUCUCGCUCCUGCUGGAACUGCGAUGGAGAGGUGCUGCCACACACUGCUAUACUGGCCAGAGUGCACUGCCAGCUAAUCCGACUGUUUGCUCGUGGGAUUGAGGGGCCGUGCAAGAAGAACAAGGAUGUGCGGCUGCUCUGUAGGUGACCUGCCCACCUGCUGCAGAGCUGCGAGAAAACGUUGCUUCUGGGGGACUGCUGCUGCCACAGGGGCUGUGCUGACACAGGGCUGCACCAGGAAAGGGCUGUUAGUGGGUUUGGGUCACCUGACACGCACUGAGAGCCUUGGGUUCCUACGGCCAGACUGGAGGGGUUCACCUGUGCCGGAAGUUCACAGCUGUUGACACCUCAGCGCAGUGACACGAAAAUGUGAAGGACUGUCUCCUGAGCCAUUUCUCUCUCGUCAGUGGUUCAGUGGACUGUUAUUUUUAUGGUGCUCGGCAGAAGACCCUUUCUUUGUCUUUGUUUUACUUCCAUUGCUAUUCCUUCUUAAGAGAGGAAGAUGAUCAGGGGUUCAUCAGAGUUUCAACGAGGGCAGGCCCACACUGCAAUAAACUCUGUAAACCUGCAGACGGGCUAUUUUUCUGAAGGAGAUCAGCUCUGGCAGAUCUGUGCCCCUCCGGGGCCAGGGGGCCGGUCACAUUCGGGCUGAGCUUCCAUGUGCUUGUGAUCCCCGUAAGACAUUCCUCUCCAGGACUUUUUUAAUAUUGUUUUAUAGAUGUAGGUGUUGUCCAUUUGUUUAAUCAAAUGUGUAUGUGGCUUUGU